AUGUCUUACCAAUAUUAUAUGCAACACAUGCAACAAUUGAUGGCUUUGGGGGUAUAUAUUGCUCCAGCAAAUUAUGCUCCUCUAGCAUAUAUGCCCAUACAAAACUUGGAACCUACUAUGCACAUGGCAAGGAAUGAUAUCUUGAUCAUUGAAAGCGAAAGUGACGAGGAAGAUGAUAUUGAUCAAAGAACAUUAUUUUGUGCAAAUCUCAGUGAACAUGUUACAGAAGAAAUAUUAUACGAAGUAUUUUUCCAAGCCGGGCCUUUAUCGAAAGUUCAUAUACCAAAACAGAAUGGCAAGAAUCGUUCAUAUGGUUUUGUUACAUAUAAGUAUCGUUGCUCAGUGCCUUAUGCUUUAAAACUAUACCAAGGAUUGGUAUUAUUUGGUAAACGUCUAGAUAUAAAAUUUCAAGGAAAAAAUAAUUCAAACGCCUGCAAUAAGAGAUGA